UAUGUAACAACCCUCCUCUUUUCAGUUUGGACCCAACUCCUAAGCCUAAAGUCUUCGAAAUUGUUUGUUCAAAAUUCUUAAUAUUUGGUCUUAGGUUAUGGCGUCGAUGGGGCGUCAUCUCUCACGAUCUCUCGUUUGCCAGCUAAAGCAGCCCCGAUGGAACCGAUUGUUUUUGAAGUCCCACACUAAUUUGCAUUCCGUAUCCGUUUACCUAGGACAGCCACGAGUAUUCAGCAACACAGAACACGAUGGUUUUGAUUCGAAAAAUAAGCCACCAAAAUUAAGUGGCAGAACUAAGAAAUAUAACAUCUUCAACGAAACUGAUCGGUCGGCGGAAGUGGAUACACCCCAGCUUGGGGUGCAUCAGAGAAAAAAAGUCCUGUCAGGAACUGAGGAUGCAUCUUACUCAAAAGCAGUAUUUUUGAGGGGAAGGCGUAGAGUCAAGAUCUCUUUGUCCUGGGACAAAGUCAACGGCUGUCUGCUGCACCUUUCGCAACUGAAUGUUCCUGCCCCAGGCGCACCUUCGGAUCCUAUGUAUCUCAGCCAUCAACGAUCGUUUUGCAAAAAGGUCGAUGAGGAAGAGUGCUAUUGCAAAAAGAUGGAAGAUGAAAACUGCGCUUUAGAGCCCUUACCAAAACCAGAACCAAAAACCCCGAAAUGUUCAAGAAUAUCCAGGAAGCGAAAACAUUUACUAGAACAGAAGAAUAAGGCUUCUGAAGAAGAAGACCCUGUGGUAACGGAAACUGAUGUGAAAAGUCUAGACGAAGCCGUUGAUGAGUUAAAGCACAGUUGCAUGCUAGCUGCCGAGAAGAAAGACUGUGAGCGAAAGCAGUACAAGGCACUCUGCGAGGAAUUGAGAACCUCAAAGCCGCAGGGAGAUUCUAAAACCGUAGAUUCCCUCCUGAAGUGCAUGUUAUCUGGAAUAAAGAAAGCCUGUGCAGUUCACGCCCAGAAAAUGGUAUGCCAGAAAAAGUACGCCGAGGAGAUUGCUGCCGAAGAAGCUGCGAGGAAGGAAAAGGAGAAAAAAGAGGGUAAGCCACUAGACUGUAGUAAGCCCAACGAGGAAGACGAAUAUAGCUCGUUGAAUAAGGCUGACAAGAAAAAGGCCAAAGAAGAAAACGAACUAAAGCGCAUUCUCCAAGAAAUAAAAGCCAAGUGCCAAAAGCAGCGUGAAGAGGCCGAGCGUAAAAAAAAGGAAGAAGCCGAGCUUGGUAAAAAAUGUGAAGAAGCUGCGAUUCAGAAAAAUUGUGAAGAACUAGCGGCGAAAAAAAGAUGCGAGGAAGCCGAGCGUAAAAAGAAAUGCGAGGAAGCAGCGGCGAAGAAAAAGUGCGAGGAAGCAGCGGCAAAGAAGAAAUGCGAAGAGGCUGCAGCAAAAAAGAAAUGCGAAGAAGCCGCUGCAAAAAAGAAAUGCGAAGAAGCAGCGGCAAAGAAGAAAUGUUUGGAUGCAGCGGCCAAGAACAAAUGCGAUGAAGCAGCAGCGAAGAAAAAGUGCGAGGAAGCAGCGGCAAAGAAGAAAUGCGAAGAGGAUGCAGCAAAAAAGAAAUGCGAAGAAGCCGCGGCAAAAAAGAAAUGCGAAGAAGCUGCGGCAAUGAAGAAAUGUUUGGAUGCAGCGGCCAAAAACAAAUGCGAUCAACCAGCGGCUAAAAAGAAAUGUGAAGAAGCAGAGGCUAAGAAGAAAUGCGAGAUAGGAGCAGCUAAGAAGAAAAGUGAAGAAGCUGCUCCAAAAAGCAAAUGCACAAAUGAUGCGGCAAAGAACAAACGCGAUGAAGCGGCGGCUAAAAAGAAAUGUGAAGAAGCUGCUGCUAAAAAGAAAUGCGAUGAAGCAGAGCGUAAAAAAAAAUGCGAUGAAGCAGCGGCCAAGAAGAAAUGUGCAGAAGAAGCAGCAAAGAAGAAGUGUGAAGAAGCAGCAGCAAAGAAGAAGUGUGAAGAAGCAGCAGCAAAGAAAAAGUGUGAGGAAGAAGCAGCAAAGAAAAAGUGUGUGGAAGCAGCAGCAAAGAAAAAGUGUGAAGAAGCAGCAGCAAAGAAAAAGUGUGAGGAAGAAGCAGCAAAGAAAAAGUGUGAGGAAGCAGCUGCUAAAAAGAAAUGUGAGGAAGAAGAAAACAAGAAAAAGUGCGAGAAGGGUGAUCCUAAGAAAAACUCUCAAGAGGCUGAGGCUUUAAAAAAAUGUGAGCAAGAAAAAAAGAAAAAAAGUGAGGAAGCCGAGAAAAAGAAAAAAAGUGAAGAAGCCGCGCUUAAAAAGAAAUGCGAGGAAGCCAAGCAGAAAAAGAAAUGUGAGGCCGAGAAAAAGAAACAAUCUGAAGAAUGCGAGAAAAAGAAAGAUUGUGAACUAGCCGAGUUCAAAAAAAAAUGUAAUGAGCUCUCAAAAAAGGUAAAGGAUGUGGAAUGUAAGGACAAAAAAGACAAAUAGUUGGGGACCUCCCGGCAACCAGUCCGAAAACAAAGCUUACGGAGACGUGGGAGAUGGAGUCCCAGGAUGAGUUGAUGGCAGUAUUAUCUUUUAUUACUAAAUUGUCUAGCAUUAAUAAAAUGUAAUACUACAAUCCGACAAAACUAAAAAGGAGACGAUGA